UGGGUUCGAUCCCAUUUUUCUACUUUUCUUGCGAACUGGGUUACAGGGAGAGGGAGGGAUCUGAUCGAGAAGGAAAGCGCCAUCUCCAAAAUUCCCUCUCUCUGAGAGUGAUGAUGAUCGACAGUGGCGGCCAUUUAUGUGAAUUUAGAAGAUUUUAAGUAAGCCGUCAUGGGGAGUGGUUGCAGCGGCACGUGCUUCUGAAGACGAUCACUAUACCUUGAAAAUAUUGUGGGUUGCUUAGUGGGAGUUUGUUCUUUUUUGGAGGAUGAGAUUGAACAAUAGUUGCUGGAAGAAGUCGUCCAACAUGGGGUCAAGAUAUGUGUUUGUCAAAGAAUGCUACUUAACGUUGGCUCCAUGCCCUGUUGUAUCUGUCUGGGAUUGUACGGUGAGGAGGACUAAAUACUCUUUCAUACCUGAAUGGGCAUAGGGCGUUAGGCACUUCUUCACUGCCUUCAACUUGGUUGUUGCCUUUUUCACACAAUAACUAGCUCAAGCUACAUCUUGCUGGUAUUUGAUUUUAGCCUGGAAGUGAGGAUUGAAGAAUUUGAAGAGUUUGAUUGUUUCUCUCAUCUGCUCAGAUCCGGAGUACGAUGGUGAAGUUAGAUUUUUCUUUGUUUGUGGGCUUUACUUUCUUCCUCUGUUAGAAAUUGUAGUUUGAAAGUGUGCUGCUCGAAAAUUUGAUUCUGUGGUAAGUUCGACAAGAAGGUCAGAUAAUCAUGGGUGAUGUGAAGUUUCCUAAGGGAUCACCGGUAAUGGGUCCUCUCAUGCGGAAGCAAAGGAAAAAACAAGUUAAAGAUGAACUGGACCGUCUAAAGUUAGCUGAGAAGAAGAAGCGACGCUUAGAGAAGGCGCUUGCAGCAUCAGCUGCUAUUCGUUCUGAACUUGAAAAGAAGAAACAGAAAAAGAAAGAAGAACAGCAACGGCUGGAUGAAGAAGGUGCAGCUAUUGCAGAGGCGGUAGCUCUCCAUGUUCUGAUGGAAGAAAAAUCUGAAGAUUCAUGUCUUUCGGAUAAGGAGGAACCUUUUCUUGUUCAGAAGUCUCCUAGUGUUUCCGCCAGCGUCUUUCCUGCACCCUGCAAUGCAAGUUCUAGUACCAAUUGCUGGGACAAUGUAUAUUGCAUGGGUGGCAGCUUGGUUUCUGAAUCGUUCAGGUCUGCAUUAGGAGAGGAUGGUUGGUCUCUGAUCCAUUCUCUCCCUCAUAGAUUUUCAGACCAUGGUUUUUCUCUGUCUGACAGGGACUUGCAUCUAUAUGGAAGAAUUUCUGGCGCUCCUGAGAAUUGCCUGUGGAAUCCUACCUCAUACUGUGACAUCUUCCAGGUUGCAGAAAUCUCUGGAAUUGUUGCAUCACAAGCUAUUGCCUCACUAAAAAUUGCUGAGGAUGUUUGUUCUGCAAGUCUAACUGCCCCAGACACAGUCAAGAAGAAUCGUUGUUUGUGGUGAUUCAAAAGUGGCAUUCACAUCACCAAGGAAAACGUGUGCAUGUCAUGCAAUGCUUAUCUUGCAUAUGUUUUGUUGGGCAAGCAUGACAAUGAUACGACCUUGAGAUGUCAUUUCACGAACAGUAAACUCCUUGUCUGUGGUUUUUUAUGAUUUCUUACUUUCUACCUUCCACAGCUUAGUUAUUUUUUACAUAUCAGUGCCAAUAUUUUCUGUGCUUUCAUUUCUGAUUUCCUAUAAACUCAUCAUUGGUCCUGUUAUUAGCCGAUUUCUUCAUGCGAGGAAUGGCAUAUCAUAAUUUCCAGUUCAUCCCCCAUGUUCACUGUCAGUACAAUCGCCUGUUAUCGGUGCGGCUUGAGAGUUACUGGAGUCCCCACAUUAUAUGUCAGUUUAAUGCUUCUUGUUUUUCAUACCUUUUGGAGCCUUGUGGAGGUGAGCCUUUGCAAGAUUAAUAUGCUUGUCAGUCCAAAUUGAAGAGCUGCAGGGUUCUUGUUACUUGUCUAGUUGGCUACCAAGAAAUGAUUGUGAUUGUUCUUUUCUGACUCUAAAAUAACAAUCCAUUGCCUGAUGUGAAUCUGAAUUUCUCUGUUUUGAGAACGUGCUCUUCUUUGAUCAAGAGUUCAAUUUGUGCAUAAUCUACUAGCGGCAUUGGUCAUUGUUUUUUCUCUUUCUGGAUGUUGUAUUGAUGAUUAAAAACGCAGUAUUGGUGCUUUUC